AUGAAGCGAAAGGCUAGUCCAGACAGCACGAAUGACGAAGCGAAGAAAAGAGCAUUGUCGGCCGAAGAGGCCACAGCUCGAUUCGGAGAAGGGCUGUUUGAGACGGCGACCCUCGCCAAAUACAAGAAUGCCUACGCUGCGUCGGAGCCAUACAAACAUGGCGUGAUUUCUCCGCUCAUUGCCCCAGAUCUCCUCCGCUCCGUCCGCAAUGAAAUUCAAGAACAUCUAUCGUUCACCGAAAAGGAAACCGACAUUUACAAGAUUUUUCAAUCGGGCGAUUUGGCCAACUUGGACGGAUUGGACGAUGCUUCGCUUGCCCGGUUGCCGUUUCUUCUCAAGCUUCGCGAUGCGUUAUAUUCCCGCCCAUUUCGAGAGUAUCUCUCAGAGGUCACUGGUGCCGGCAAGUUAAGCGGGCGCAAAACGGACAUGGCAAUCAAUGUGUAUACUGGUGGCUGCCAUUUGCUCUGCCAUGAUGAUGUGAUUGGAACCCGGCGUGUAAGCUAUAUUCUCUACUUAACGGAUCCGGAUGCGCCUUGGAAACCGAGUUACGGCGGAGCGUUACGACUGUACCCGACCACGAUCAAGACGGACAAGAAUGGAAACGAGGUGAAAAUCCCCAGUCCGGAUUUUACGUUGUCAAUCCCUCCUGCAUUUAAUCAACUUAGCUUCUUCACGGUCCAACCGGGGGAAAGUUUCCAUGACGUCGAAGAGGUAUACCACAUCGACAGCGAGAGUACUGAGCAAGAAAAGAAAGCGCGAGUGCGUAUGGCCAUCAGCGGGUGGUAUCACAUUCCGCAGGAAGGCGAGGAUGGCUUUGAGCCAGGUUUAGAGGAGAAACUCGCCGAACGAAGCAGCUUGCAACAAUUGCAGGGGCAAGAUGAUGAAUUUGACUGCCCACAACCGCAGGUCGGCCGAUAUGAUGAGCCAAUUGAUACAUCAGCCUCCAAGGGCAAGGGAAAACAGGCCGCCAACGACGAUGAGGACGAUGCAGAGUUCACAGAAGAAGACCUCAACUUCCUGCUCAAAUACAUCUCUCCAUCCUACCUGACACCAGACGUCAGCGAGCAAUUAUCCGAAACCUUUGCCAACGAAUCAUCUCUCAGCCUUGAGCGUAUCCUUUCCGAUAAAUUUGCCGCCCAAGUUCGUACAUACAUCGAAGAACAGGAGAAAAGCACUACCGCGCUUCCAACGACGUCAGACGAUAUUGAAAAACAAACACACUGGAAAGUUAGCCGACCGCCGCAUAAACAUCGAUAUCUAUAUCAGCAACCCAGAUUAGAUACCCAAGGGCAAGAGAAAACCCCCAUCCAAGAACUUAUUGAGAAUCUACUUCCAUCAAGAGCUUUCAAGAAGUGGCUGUCAACAGUCACCGGAAUUGACGAACUGCUUACCUACGACUUCCUGGCUCGUCGAUUCCGACGUGGCGAAGACUACACUCUCGCGAACGAAUAUAAAGGUGAUUCUCCCAGGCUGGAACUGACCAUUGGCAUCACCCCGUCUUCCGGCUGGGAACAGCAGGAUGACGAAGACGAAGAGGAUGGCGGCGAAGAGCCGUCAGGCAAUGGCCAUUCCACGUCAAAGCCCAACGCAGAAGACGACGGCCCUUCAGUGGGAGGUUACGAGAUCUACAUGGCCGGUGACGAUGACGAAGACGAGGGUGAAAAUGGUGUUGAGGAGGCAUCAAGCUUAACAGGCACAAAGUCCAAAGUAAACAGGUCCAAAGCGGACCCGGCAAUCUACAAGUCCGCAGCUGACAGUGAAGACGAUGGCAUUCUGUUCAGUAUGGCUGCUGGAUGGAAUCGGAUGAGCAUAGUCUUGCGCGACCAAGGAACAUUGAGGUUUGUGAAAUACGUCAGUCGCUCGGCGAGGGGUGAUCGAUGGGAUGUCACGGGAGCAAUUGAGGUCAAGUUUGGUGACGAUGAGGAUAGUGAGGAAGGAGACGAGUAG